UUCAGCGGAGCACCCAGAAUUUGUCAUUGUGGGUUUUGACCGGAAGUGACCCCCUAAACAUUCAAUGCGUUAUGUGUUUUUCCUUCAAUGUUAGUUUGCUCAACCACGCAAAGAGCAGUGUACUCCACAAACGUAACAGUCACCUGGUCUCCACUACCUUGUGCGGAUCAUUACGAUGUGGAAUAUGCACUGAGCCAUAAAGAUGGUUGCGAACAGAUCAACUCACUGAUGUACAUCUAUGACCAACACUGCACAUGUCAGGAAAGUCAAACCACUAUAAAUGGUUUGAUACCAAACUCCCAGUACGUUGUACAAAUCAAGGCCUAUGUCAGCAGUGCUUAUGGACCACCGGCAACGACACAGAUCACUACCACCUCCAUAGCACCGACUGGCCCACCCACAAUGGUGACGACUGAAGCUACUGGCCAACGCAACCUCACUUUCACCUGGGGUCCUCCAUCGUGUGGAGACCGAGGCGGUAUCAUCACGGAAUACGUUUAUGAGCUGAGUAACCCAAAUACUGGAUGGAACACUUCUGCACCUGUAUCUGUUGAGAAAGUUACAAUAAAUGAACUUCUCCCAUUCACAAAUUAUACUUUCCGAGUAACCGCAAAGAACAGCGUCGGGAAUGGCCCGUUCAGUGAAGCAGUAACUGCGAGGACUUUGGAAGCAGGUGAAGUUUAAUAGUUCGUUUUACAGCU